AUGCAGCCUGAGAUCUUUAUCAAUAUCUCAAAUUUGGAGGACAUGGUAAGCGAGCGAACUCGCUAUGCCAUUGCUUCCCAUGCGGCCAAGCUGCGGCGACAACGACGCGGAGGGCGCAACACUUCAAGUGCAGGCCAGAGUAAUCAUACCUUUGUACAGUGGAGGCACGGACAGGAUUCGGUGCUUACGAAUCGGCGACACCAACCAGUAUCCAUAGCCCCUAAGCGUCGAACAACCCCUCAACCCUUUGAUGUGCUCGGUCAAGGAAGGAAAGAUCCAUUUGCGGCCUUUGCCGUGUUCGAUAUACCCGAUCUAGUGCAUGAGAUAAUAGAUCAUGCUGUACAUCAUUUCUGGCCAGGAUUAAGUCCUGGAAAUAUGCCUGAUCCCGAAAAUCCUGCGGUCACUGCCUAUCUUGAGGCGAUUCGACAAGCACCGCUUGCCUUCUAUGCAUAUAUGGUAGGCACCGCCGAGAACUACGAGUUACUUGGCGGCGUCAGCUCUAGGAUCAAGGGGUUUUCGCAGCUAUGCUUGUCCUACCGCAUUAAGAUGAUUGAGCUCAUCAAUCAGGAAAUCUAG